AGUAUGAUUUUGUCCACAAGACAGACCACAGAGCACUCAUUAUUCAUCUAUGAACGACCCCAACAUGACAAAAUUUUCCCUUCACUCUAGACUGCUAUAGCCAGAGCAAGCAUUUCGGUCGUUGCUCCACACAAUCUACUAGUAAUCCCUUUCAAGAAACACAGCAACCAGAAACCAUGAUCAUCAUCUGGGGACGCACUUGCCGAAAAUCCUUACGAAAAGACAGCACCGCCGUCAUCGGAUCCGGUGCUCGUUGUCCGAGGAGGGGCUGCAACGGAGUAUGUCUACUCUUCAACGUUACUCGCUACUGCCACCUGUAUUUCAUUCCCCUCUGUCCACGGGGAGAACCUAGGGAGAUUGUUCAGUGCUAUAUCUGUAAGUCCAUGUUUGAACUUGCCGAAUAUCGGGACUUUCAAAACGCCGCCGCUGGGCUGGCCGCCCGACAGGUGUUUCAGAAGGUGGGGAGUAUAAUGGCAACGGAGAACUCUAUCACCGAUCUGUUGCGUCGCAGUCAGAACACCGAGGCAGAAACCAAGGCACGAGCCCUACUCAAGGAAGAUCCCAUGAACUUCACCGCGAUGUGUCAUCUCAAUGUGGCCCUGAACGGGUUGGGGAGGACCCAAGAAGCCGACAAGCUCGCAAGCCAAAUCGUCAAGCACUGGAAGACCCAUUGCCGUGAAAAAUGGAUUACCAGAGGCCGGCCCAAGGAAACUUCCUCUUUUCCACGCGUCAUGAUGAACAAAGCCACAGCCGAGUAUCGCUUGGAAGCCAAGCAGUACUUCGAGCCUGAAAAGGUCAACGACGAGACAGUGGCUCUCUACAAAAUCUUGGCACAUCCGCGAACCGACCUGUCCGGCCAUGAACCCUUCCUUGCUCCCGACAAGAGGAUGUUCAAAUUGCUAAAGGUUGGGCGAUCGUUUGUGCUCCGAGAGUUCGGGUCCACCAAGGACGUCGUCUCGUACAUGGGAAAACAGCCCGAUAUCCGAAAGGCGACCUGCGACGUGGCUUCCGUUUUGGGUGGCGGGGAGGUGCAGCGGUGCCCAAAGCAGCAGUCAUCCCAGAAACAGUGGCGGUGGUUACCAAGGAAGGGAGAAACCAUGGCUGAAAUGGCGCCUCCAACCACAGCGGCUGAAACAAAGAGCAUCCCAGAGGUUGUUUGAGGUUUCCUUGCCUGCUAAAUGUACUUAGAUAUUCGUCCUUGC